AUAAAUUGGGAUAAUAUUAUCCCUAUUCCUAGUUGGUAUAACUAAUACCGGUACUAAUAUAUAUUGGGAUAACUUUACUAAAUGACCAUCUUGCCCCUUAACCUAUUUCAUAUAUACGUAUUACGUUGUUCUAGAUAAUCCUUUUCUUCACUUCUCCCACUAGAGCUUUGGGCACUCAGCUAUGGGAGAUUGAUACUCCAAGAAAUCCAACAGAUUGAUACUCCAAGAAAUCCAUCUCUCUUUGGUCAAGAUCAUAUUGACGGAAUGAGUAAUCACACAUCAUCUUCUGACCAAGCAUCAAAAAGGUCGAGCCGAGCAACACCUCAAAGCCGAAGGUCAUGGACACUAGAAGAAGAACACACUCUUAUUGAUGGUUUAAAGGAUUUGUGUGUUAAGGGUUGGAAAGCGGAUAAUGGCACCUUUAGGCCCGGAUACACGACGGAAUUGGAGCUUUAUUUAAACAAAAUCCAUCCUAACUGUGGAUUGAAAUCUCAACCACAUAUUAAUUCUAAAAUGAAAGCGUGGAAGAGGGAUUACAGGACUAUAGCUUUAUUAAAAAGUCGUAGUGGUUUGGGCUUUCAAUAUGGUGAAGGAAGAAUUGUAGUUGAUGAUCCAAGCAAAUGGGAUGAGUUUGUUAAGGCUGAUCCAAAUGCCAAAGGAAUGCAAAACAAGACAUGGCCAUUGUUCGAGGAUUAGGAAGAAAUAUUUGGAAAAGAUAGAGCAACGGGAGAGUUUGCAGAAGGGCCGAAGAUGCUUUUGAGGAAAUUGGUAGGAGCCAAGGUCAAGGAGUUUCUAAUGAUAGAAGAUUAGGAUUUCUUAUUGAAGUUGAUGAUGAAGAUGAUGAAGAAGAUGCUAGACAUGAACCUGAUGUAGCCCCUGGAGAAGCCGAAAAUGCUCAUGGACCUAGUAAAGCUUGUCAAAGUGCAGAUUGAGCUUCUGAAAGUGGAAAUCCCGAACACCAACAAAACCAACAACAAGGUAAAAAUACUAGAAGCUCCUCUUCCAAUGUCAAUGAUAAGGAGAAAAGCAAAAAAAAGAAAAAGAACUGUUGAAGAUGUUAACGAGACAGCUUUAAAGGAUUUAGUUGAUGUUAUGAAGGAAUUUACGACAAAUCACGGCAAAACAAUGGGUGCUUUAAUUGACAUGUUUGGGGCGCGUGAUGAAUCUGAAAUUCGUGGAAAAGUUUUAGAUAUCCUUUCAUCCCCUGCUUAUCAAGAGUUGUAUAGUCCAGAUCAACAAAUCAAAGCAUCAAUAGAGCUUACUUCUGAUGUUAGAAAAAUGGAUUUGUUCUUACAAAUGGGUGAACUUCAACGUCAAAAUAUAGUGUGGAUGAUUGUCAAUGACAUGUUUCCAAGUAUAUGAAUAUGAUUGUAAGGGCUGGCCAUGGGUUGACAGUUUUUGCUAAAUUGACGAACUUC